CGCCCUCUGUGGCCGCCCAAGGAAUAUCUUCCGCACAUUAGCGUUCGUUCCUGUUGGUCUUAUUUUAAGCUGGAUCUCCUCCAUGCUCCACCUGCGACCGGUGGAAGAGGAUGAAUCAGCUUCUGAGAGUCUGGUGCUGAAUCGAGCAGUGGCGGAUAAUGACCACUUCCUAUUGGCUCAGCUGUUGUCACAAGAACAUUACAGGAAGUGCAUCAAUCACCAGAGCGGUUGGGGAAUCCCAGGUACCCCUUUACGGAUGGCUGCAUCCAAAGGUCACCUAAAGUGCCUGCAGGUGCUCCUGGCCCACGGGGCAGAGGUCGAUCGCCUGGAUGUGAAGGCCCAGACUCCUCUUUUCACCGCUGUGUGCGGGAGGUACCUGAGUUGUGUCCUUGCCUUGCUUCGUGCUGGUGCUAACCCCAAUGGAAGUCACUUGAACAACAGCUCACCAGUCCACACCGCCGCCCGGGAGGGCGACCCAGAGAUCCUCCGCCAGCUGCUUCAGCACGGAGCAGAGGUCAACGCCAGAUCAAAGGUGACACUGUGGGCGUCUGGGGUUGCGGUGUGCAGUGGACCACUCUACCUGUCAGCCAUAUAUGGACACCUGGACUGUUUUAAGAUGUUGCUGUUGUAUGGGGCAGAGCCGAAUUAUAACAGCCCGGAGGAUAAAGUAAUUGGCAAAGCCACGCAGCAGAAGACGGUGCUGGAAUUGUGUUUGAGACACGGGUGUGGAGUCGAGUACAUUCAGCUGCUCAUUGACUUUGGGGCCAAUGUCUACCUGCCUACCCUCAUUAUAGAGAAGAGCACCAAACAGAAUGAAGCUGUCGAGCUACUACUCAAGGAACGAGGGUGUCCAAAAUCUUUGGUGUCUCAGUCUAGGCUGGCCAUCCGUAGACAUCUGAAACACAUAAACAGGAUUCAGUUUAUAAACACUCUGGAUAUUCCACCCAGGCUUAUCUGCUAUCUUAUACACAAGCCUAUGAAUAGUCCAUUUGUUCAGUGACGGUGCAUACUCAACAGUGCCUAUAACAAUGGAAAGGUCAAUCAUUCACGCUUCUAGAUGGAGAUAGACAGACUAUCAAGAAAAGUAAACAGACUCAUGAAGAGAUGCACAUACAACAGUACAGUUUGCUCAGUUUACAUCUGUGUAUUGUAUUAAACUGGAAUAACCUUUGUCAUUCAGAUCAGACAAACUGUGGAUAGAACUUUACCAGAAGUGUUGUUAUAAUUUGAUGUUCAAGAACUAUGCAUUCUCAUACAGCCUGCACUUCCUUUUAUGUGUCUUCUGACGAUGUUAUUUCUAAAUGAAUAGUUGUAAAGUGUUUUAAUUGGAUUAUUAGAUGGUCUAGAUCACAGUGUGAUUUAUAGAGAGCUUUUAUUAAAUCAUGCAAUAACUUGAAGUGUUUUGUUAAAGCGUGAUGAAGAAUAACUUAUUAAAUUCUUAAUAUCGUAUAUA